AUGCUUGCUUCCUUCCUCCGCCGUCCCCCCGCCGUUCCCCCUCCAUCAUUCUCCGCCAUUCCUCCGCCGGCCCCCCUCUACCUUCUUCCGCACAUCCCCCUUGCUAAGCCGCACACUCUCACUCGCACGCACGCUCUCCCCGCCUUCCAUCCCGCCAAUCAGAACAAGGGCCCCUCAUCUCACCUCAUGGGGUGCAGCAGGAGCGGCGCUACCAUCCCACUCACCCCCUCUUCGCACACGCUCCCCCUUUCCCCCACCUCGCGCGCACCUGCCUUUCUCACACAUUUCGCCCACCUCUUCCCCUUUCUCACACAUUUCACCCCCAUCUCUGCCUUUCUCACACCUUCCCCUCUCCACCUUUCUCGCACCUUUCCCCCUCUCGCCCCCUUUCUCACACCUCUCCUCCUCCCCCUCCCUCCUUUUUUCUUACUCCUUUCGCCCCCUUCCUUUCUCCCCCUUCUUUCCCACACUCUCCCACUCUCCCCCCCCCCCCCCCCAGCCCAUCUCUCACAAGUGGCUGCCCAUGUAUCGGUGGCUUGCCUCCCUCCCCCCAACCACGCCCACCCUUGCUGCAUGGGAGGUGCGGCAGUGGGUGCAGCAGGAGUGGGGGCGACUGCCCCUAGAGCUCAGACGCACUCCCAUGCAGCGCAUAGUGCAGUACACUGUUACCGCAUCAAACACCAGGGGGGCCUGGGGAUUGCGGGUGAGGGGAUGGUGCAGGGAGAGGGGUCGGUGGGGGAAGAGGAGGGGGAGGAGGGUGUGGUGGGAUAUGGGGAUGGGAUGGGGAGGGAUGCAGGGAGAGGGAGAGAUGGAGGGAGGAGGAGAGAUGGAGGGAGUGGGGGAGACAGAGGGAUGCGGAGAGGAGCAGAGAGGAGAAGAGGGGCAGGGGUUGGAGCAGGGCGUUUGGACUAUGAUGAGUGUCGGAGCAGCGGGGAGAGAGGAGAUGGGGAGGAGGGGGAGGAGGAGGGGGACGAGGAUGGGGAAGGAGAGGAGGUGGGAAAAGAGCGGAGGAGAGGAGAGGGAUACGCUGGGAGGCGCAGGAGGUGGGGAGGAAGAAUGGCGACAUACACAGAGCAUCCCAUGAAAAAGCGGAGGGAAGUGGAAGAAGCGGUGGGAGGGGAGGCAGCAGAAGCGCAGGAGGUGGGGCGGUUGGUGCAUCAGCAGCACUGCACUCUCGUGAAUCACUUCAACAGCGCGGUGGUGGGGGGAGGGGAGGCAGCCGAGGCACAGGAGGUGGGGCAGUUGGUGCAGCAGCAGCACUGCGCUCUCGUGAACCACUUCAACAGGGUUGAGGGGCGCGAGAUGGGGAGGAUUCGGCAGGGGGGGAUUCAGAGGCCAGAGGCUCCUGUGGAGGGGGGCUUUAAGUUGACUCAAGAAGGGGUUUUGGGGACCUAUUCUCAGCACGGAGGGUUUGGGGUUGAGGGGCGUGGGGCGGGGAGGAGGCAGGGAGAGCGGGAGGGGCCAGAGGCAACGUUAGAGGCAUGGGUGGUCUGCAGUGUUGACUAUCACCGGCGUGACUUUAAAGGGCGGAGGGGCAGCGAUGGGGGUUCCAGGGAGGCGUGUGGGGGUGGCGGGAGGGGCAGGCGAGGAGGUGGGGAGAUGGCUGGGCACGGUUUGGGCAGGCAGGAAGCUGCGAUGGGAGAGGAUGAGAAAGAGGGAGAGGAAGGGGAGGACGAGGCUGAGGAGGAGGCGAAGCAGCACCGGGGGAAGGGAACGGGGAACAGAGGGAGGGAGGUUGGUGGGGAAGAGACGAAGAAAGGGGGUUGGAGGGAGCAGGAGGCAGAGCACAUUUUCGGGUCUGGCAAGACUUCACAGGGCGAGAUAGGGUCUGGAGAUACACCAAAGGCGGUGCGCAGCAGUGCAGUGGGGGCCGUGGUGGGAGGUGCAGAGGAGGCGGGUGUGAGUGGAGCGUUGAGGGCGAGGGAGUGUGGGUUGGGGUACAGGAGGCAGGCAGAUUGUGGAGAGAGCGGAGGGGCGGGCAGCAGAGGGAGGUGGAUGCGAGCUAAGAGCGCUCAGAGUUACAAGGCUGUUUGGACAGGGUGGGGCAUGGAGGGUGGGGCAUGGAGGGUGGGGCAUGGAGGGUGGGGCAUGGAGGGUGGGGCAUGGAGGGUGUGGGCAUGGAGGGUGGGGCAUGGAGGGUGGGGCAUGGAGGGUGGGGCAUGGAGGGUGGGGCAUGGAGGGUGGGGCAUGGAGGGUGGGGCAUGGAGGGUGGGGCAUGGAGGGUGGGGCAUGGAGGGUGGGGCAUGGAGGGUGGGGCAUGGAGGGUGGGGCAUGGAGGGUGGGGCAUGGAGGGUGGGGCAUGGAGGGUGGGGCAUGGAGGGUGGGGCAUGGAGGGUGGGGCAUGGAGGGUGGGGCAUGGAGGGUGGGGCAUGGAGGGUUGGGGCAUGUGAGGGUGGGGCAUGGAGGGUGGGGCAUGGGGCAGGGUUGGGGCAUGGAGGGUGGGGCAUGGAGGGUGGUGCAUUGCAUGGGUGGGGCAUGGAGGGUGGGCAUGGAGGGUGGGGCAUGGAGGGUGGGGCAUGGAGGGGUGGGGCAUGGAGGGUGGGGCAUGGAGGGUGGGGCAUGGGGAGGGUGGGGCAUGGAGGGUGGGGCAUGGAGGGUGGGGCAUGGAGGGUGGGGCAUGGAGGGUGGGGCUGGAGGGUGGGCAUGGAGGGUGGGCAUGGAGGGUGGGGCAUGGAGGGUGGGGCAUGGAGGGUGGGGCAUGGAGGGUGGGGCAUGGAGGGUGGGGGCAUGGAGGGUGGGCAUGGAGGGUGGGGCAUGGAGGGUGGGGCAUGGAGGGUGGGGCAUGGAGGGUGGGGCAUGGAGGGUGGGGCAUGGAGGGUGGGGCAUGGAGGGUGGGGCAUGGGAGGGUGGGGCAUGGAGGGGUGGGGCAUGGAGGGUGGGGCAUGGAAGGGUGGGGGCAAUGGAGGGUGGGGGUCAUGGAGGGUGGGGGCAUGGAGGGUGGGGGCAUGGAGGGUGGGGCAUGGAGGGUGGCACAUGGAGGGGCAUGGAGAGGUGGGGCAUGGAGGGGUGGGGCAUGGAGGGUGGGGCAUGGAGGGUGGGGCUAUGGAGGGUGGGGGCAUGGAGGGUGGGGCAUUGAGGGUGAGGGCAUGUGGAGGGUGGGGCAUGGAGGGUGGGGCAUGGAGGGUCGGGGCAUGGAGGGUGGGGGCAUGGAGGGUGGGGCAUGGGAGGGUGGGGCAUCAUGGAGGGUGGGGCAUGGAGGGGUGGGGCAUGGGAGGAGUGGGGCAUGGAGGGUGGGGCAUGGAGGGUGGGCAUGAGGUGGGGCAUGGAGGGUGGGGCAUUGGAGGGUGGGGCAUGGAGGGGUGGGGCAUGGAGGGUGGGGCAUGGAGGGUGGGGCAUGGAGGGUGGGGCAUGGAGGGUGGGGCAUGGAGGGGUGGGGCAAUGGAGGGUGGGGCAUGGAGGGUGGGGCAUGGAGGGUGGGGCAUGGAGGGUGGGGCAUGGAGGGUGUGGGCAUGGAGGGUGGGGCAUGGAGGGUGGGGGCAUGGAGGGUGGGGCAUGGAGGGUGGGGCAUGGAGGGUGGGGCAUGGAGGGUGGGGCAUGGAGGGUGGGGCAUGGAGGGUGGGGCAUGGAGGGUGGGGCAUGGAGGGUGGGGCAUGGAGGGUGGGGCAUGGAGGGUGGGGCAUGGAGGGUGGGGCAUGGAGGGUGGGGCAUGGAGGGUGGGGCAUGGAGGGUGGGGCAUGGAGGGUGGGGCAUGGAGGGUGGGGCAUGGAGGGAUGGGGAUCACUGGACAACCCUCGUCAAGGCCUGGGGUCGGUCCUCUGCCAAUCACGUGCUGACACGUGGCGUCCCAACUGGGCCAGCUACACCUCCCAUGCUGCUGACGCGCCCACCACCAGCAUCAGCGAUGCGCCCAACGAGCUGCUCCUCUUCGACCUCUCAACCGGCUCCCACCGCCCCCUGCAAGGCCACAACUGCCAGGCAGUGGAGUAUGCUAUGGAUGAUAACACCAUCCUCUUCCCCAUUGCUCUCUUGCCAUGUAUCAUCCAGGCGGUGGAGUAUGCCAUGGAUGGUGACGUCAUCCUCUCCUGUGGGGGCUCUACACUCAAGGUGUGGGAUGCCACGUCAGCAUCGCUGCUGCACUCGUGUGGGCCGGGAGUUGCCACCGCCACUGCCAGUGGGAACCCGUCGAUUGCGUGUCAUCGCGACAAGAUCUACCUAGCAGCCAGCAGUGGCGCCAGUGCUGACCCAUGGGUCAUUUGGGAUGCGCUCUCAGACCAACCUUUCACUGCCCUCAACUCUCUCCGCUUCCUCCCCACCCUACCCCGCACAUCACCACUGCCCUCCCUCUCCCCACCCUACCCCGCACAUCACCACUGCCCUCCCUCUCCCCACCCUACCCCGCACAUCACCACUGCCCUCCCUCUCCCCACCCUACCCCGCACAUCACCACUGCCCUCCCUCUCCCCACCCUACCCCGCACAUCACCACUGCCCUCCCUCUCCCCACCCUGCUCUCCACAUCAGACCUAGCAGCCACCAGUGGUGCCAGUGCUGGCCCGCGGGUCAUCCUGUGGGACGUGCGUGCAGCCACGCCCCUCACCACUCACCACCGCUCUCCAUCUCUCCCCACCUUGCCCCACUAUCAACAUCAGACCUAGCAGCCACCAGCAGUGCCAGUGGGGACCCACACGUCAUCCUGUGGGACGUGCGUGCAGCGACGCCCCUCGCCCACCUCUCCCCCUCGUUCACUCUGCCGCCCAGGGCAGGGAGUGCAAUGGUGCAAGUGCGGGCAGGGAGGGACACCUUUCAUGCCCCCACCCAGCCAACCAAUUUCCAGCAGGGAGGGCAGCAGCGCACACUUCCCAGCACGGCAGUGGGUGCAGCAGGGCAGAGUGCUCGAGUGCGAGUGCGCAGGGCCAUGAAGCGCUCAGGGCAUUCUUCCCCGGUGCGAGUGCGCAUGGCCAUGGAUGCGCUGUGCUUUGUGUUGCCGUGCAUUGCAUGUGACAUCAUCCAUUCACUCCCCAAUCAACCAACCCCAGCAGGGCAGGGAAUGCAGCAGGCCAGCGUGCCGCGCAGGGCAACAGCGCAGAGUGCUCCGGUGCGAGUGCGCAUGGCAAUGGAUGCGCUGUGCUUUGCGGACGACCGCUGGCUCGUGUGCGGCUCUGAUACCAUUGGAUCCGCACCUUCCACAGUUGUUCUCUGGGACACCUCCCGCGCCUCCUCCUCUUCCCCCUCCUCCACUGCACCCUCUGCCUCUCCUGCUCCUGCUGCUGCCCAUGCGGGAUCCUCUGUGUUUCACAUGCCUGCCUUCUCUUCGGUGCCGUUUGCCAUGCCCAUCACUCAUGCCUGCAUCAUCCCAUCCAUACCCCAUGCUCUUUCCUUCCACCAUGACAUGCAGUUCGUCACAUGUGUUGUUGCCAACCCCACCGACUCUCUGUCGACAGGGAGUCAUGCCAUCUCCCAUAUCUCUCUGCCAUGCCUAUCAUCAUAG